AUGAGCUUAUCUGAUUUUGGUAGGAUUUUUGGAUUGUCUACCACAUAUAGUAGGAAACCCAAGGAGACUCACAAUAAUUGUACCAUGUGGGGAAAGCUUACGGGCAAUGAUAAUCCCGGGAGUAUGCAACAUUUGCAUGCUUCCAAGAUUCAACACCCGGUACCCAUUGUCUUUUACAGGUUCCUAGGAUUUACUAUCUUUGGUAGGGAUGAGACCCAGAACAUUAGAAGUACGGAGCUAGAGAUCCUAGGUGGCUACGUUUCCGAAGGAGAGGAGAGCUACAAAAUGAACCUUGCACAUCACAUGGCCUCUCAAUUUUACUCCAUAGCCACCUCCACACAUACUACCAAGAUUACCAUUGGUGGGUUGAUCACCCACAUAGCCAUGGCCACGGCCAAUUUUACUGAGGCUAACCAGAUCCCAGUUCUGGGUAGCAACUUGCUUGAUUUGGCUUAUUUUGCUGGACUCCGUAGGCUGCAGGGGGAGCACGGGUUAUUUAGGCCGGGAGCCAUGUACUGGAUGUUCGAGGGAAACAGGCUUUUCACCUUGCCUGACCCUCAGGGCCGCACUAGUUUCAGACCCGGUCAGGCUCAUUAUCUAUUUGUUGGAUUUGAGCGAGAGCCUCAGCCUGACCCCCAGCCUCAGCCUGACCCUCAGCCAGAGCCCCAUCAGUACCAGCCAGAGCCUCGCACCUACUUCAGGAGGGGGCGUCGAGACACGGGGAGGCCCCAGAGUGGCCCGGUAGUUCAUGAGGAUCAGGGGUCCAUUGAUGAGAGGUUGAGCAGACUUGAGCUCGGGUUCCGGGAGUUCGCAGCUGAUCACCAGAGGACCAUGUUCCCAUUUUAUGAUCAGUAUGCCAGGCAGGGCUAUAUUGCCCCAGAUUACGAGCACCCUACCUGGUUUACCUAUCCCGCGGAGGGAUAUGGAGCUCCGGGUUCUAUGGGCACCUUCACACCCACCCAGUACGGAGGGUGGGGAGCGGGUCCUAGUGGGCAUGGUGGCAGAGAUGAUGGUGAUGAUGAUGGUGAUGAUGGCCAAGGCCAUCAGUGAUGCUGAUGUUGAUGAUGAGGUUCGAUACCCUUGAGCCAAUGAGGACAUUGUCUGAUUUGGUUUGGGGGGGGGUUUCACACUACUUGUACAUUGUAGGUUUGAUUAUGAGAAAUGGGUCGUUUUAGACCCGUUUCAUUGUUGAUCAAGGCCACUAUAUGAGUCCGAGAAGUUCGGGACCUCCAUCGUCGACUUUCGGGAGCCUUAGAUGCUUAUGGUUGAGCCCCGGGAGUUAGACUUGGUGAUACGGGCGAGAUACAUUGAAGAUUGCAAAUCGCCCUGGAAGCUGAGGGCGAAAUGCAACCAUCGGAAGGAAGUAUAAGCAAGGCAAGUUCAUCAACGC